AAUGAAAAAAAAAAAGAUAGGUUUAAGCUAAUUAGUAAAUAUGACGAGAGCGUUUCUUAUCUUGAACCUUAUUGAUCUGUACUCCUAUCUGUGUCGGUCAAUAGCAAAAGAUUUUGUCUAAAAAAGGAAGUUAUGAUAACAAAAACGUUUCAAUUCUCUCAUUCAUCCAUCUCCCGGAAACGUCUCUCUCUCUCUGUCUCUCUCUCUCUUUCUCUUUCUUUUUCUCUGUCUCCGCCGUGAAUGGCAACACAAGGUAUGGCUCAGCCAUCGGCGAAGAAACGAAGCUUCAUCCUCCGUGAUCUCUUCAAACUUUGCCGAUCAAUCUCAAGUGUUUUGCCUCGUGAAAAACUUAAACAUCAUCAUCAUCAUAUUCAUAAGGCUAAACAUGUCACAAACGAAUCCAAACGUGUUGAUGAAGAACCUAAACGGAAUAAACCUAACGCCUUCAAAGUCCAGGAAACGAAGGGGACGGGUGAUAAUAAUGAUGUGGAAGGUGUGGGUCUUUGUAAGGUUCGUAGCUAUAGAUAUGUCAACACCAAUACCAAUUUCGUGGGGAACAAGAAACGAUCAUCUCUUUCAAGAAGUUGUAGCCACAACACGGCCACGGAUACCUCAACCAACUCGACAUUGCGGAGCUUAUCGUAUGUAGGGAGGAACAACAGGAUGACGGAAUCCGGUAGAUUUAUGCCAACACUUAUGAGAUCUUCAACCACGGUUCCAAGGAGCUUUGCGAAUCAGAUUUUGUAUUCGACCUCCUCUGCCAGAGUGGCCAAACCUUCUCCAACAGAGAAGAAGCUAAGAUGCACGCUUGAAGAGCUAUGCAACGGAUGUACCAAGAAGAUCAAAUUCAAGAGAGAUGUUAUUACCAGCUCAGGGCAAAUGUGUGAGGAGGAAGAGAUGGUGGAAAUAAAAGUGAAACCAGGAUGGAAAGGAGGAACAAGACUAACAUUCGAAGGCAAAGGAAACGAAGCAAUGGGGAGUACUGUACCGGCUGAUUUGAUAUUCGUGAUAGUUGAGAAAGAGCAUGAGGUGUUUCAAAGAGAAGGAGAUGACCUCGAAAUGGCGGUGGAAGUCUCUCUCGUCGAAGCUUUAACGGGAUGCGAGCUCUCCGUUGCUUUACUUGAUGGUGACAAUAUGAGUUUGAGGAUAGAAGAUGUGAUUUACCCUGGAUAUGUUACAGUUGUUCAAGGCAAAGGCAUGCCAAAAUUAAAGGAGAAAGGGAAGAGAGGAGACUUGAGAGUUCGGUUUCAGACUAAGUUCCCACAACAACUUACAGAUGAACAAAGGGCAGAGAUUCAUAGCAUUCUUGAAGAUUCUUCUUGAUCUGUUGCUACACAACUCUCUUUCCCUUUAUACGGGAACUUUUACAACAUGGUUUAGAUAAAAAAAUCACUCUGUGUCAUCUUUGUUUGUAAACAACUAAGUUGAAAUGAAGAAACCGGUUACCAA